UCUCAAAUCAUAAAAUACUUUUUCCUCUCCUCUGUCCUCUGACACUCCUCUCACUCUCUCUGAUUGUCCUCACCUUGAAGGUAACCUGACCGACAGUAGCCAUGUCUGAAGGACCGAAAAAGACAAAGUAUUCGGCAACACGCCGGCUGCUCCUAAAGACCAAACUGCUGAAAAAGGCAGGGAUAAUGCUGGUGGCUGAGUUUGCGGACAAGAAACGUGAAAGAGAGAGUGCUCUGAAUGAGAGAGCCCCACCACUCAAACUGUCUGGCCUGUCUGUGCAGGAGCUACAGGACCUUUGUAAAGACCUACACAAAAAGAUUGAUAUCGUAGAUGAGGCACGAUAUGACAUGGAAAUCAAAGUGGGGAAAAAUGAUUUAGAGAUUAAGUCGCUGACCCAGAAGGUUGAUGAGAUUAAGGGGUCGAAGAAGCCUACUCUGAAGAGGGUGAAAAAGUCUGCCGCCGACGCCUUGUCGGGAGCCGUGGCCGACACUGGCAAAAUGAAGGCUGACUUCACAUCCGGCCUCAAGAAAGUCAAGAAGGAAGAGGAGAAGAAAGAAGAGGUGACUGACUGGCGUAAGAAUGUGGAUGCCAUGUCUGGCAUGGAGGGCAGAAAGAAGCUGUUUGAUGCUGGAAAAUAAGCAGGGUUGUACCACCAUUAAGAGAGAAGUAUGCCAAGACUGUAAGAACCCACAAAGAGAGAGAGGAGGUCAGUUCUAGAUGAGAUGUGAAUUUCAUGUUGUGAUAUGAAAUGAAUUUUAUAAAGAAUCAUGUCAACCAUGUCAAUUUUACGUGUGUGUCCUCUGUUUAAUGUGAUAUGAGAGUUUGCUAGUUCACAGGGAAUAUUGUUGAUAUUAUAUAUUGUAGAUAUGUUAUAGAUAGUUGUGUUAUAAAUUAUGUGUUGAUAGAAUCAGUUAUUUAUGAUGUAUUGGUAGUAUCCCUUAUGUAAAAACCACAUGAUUUCAAGUGGAAAAUCACAUGAUUUCACAUGUGAAAUUUCCACGUUUUGCAGAUGUAAAAAUGGUAUAAACUAUGUGGUUUUCGAACACUUCACAUAUGAGGAUAUUUCACAUUAAAUUUCACAUGGAUUUUCACGUGAUCACAUUAUCUUUCACAUGUGAACCAAUGUGAUUAUAUUUCACAUGAAGUUUCACAUGUGGAUUCAAAUGUUCACGUGUGUAUAUUUUUCACGUGAGAUUUCAUAGGUGAUGAUGCCCUGCAUACAAUAAUUUGUCACAAAAUAGUUGCAGUGUUUUCAACUUACAUAUUUGACACACAUGAUUAUAUUGUGCAUGUUUAUUUCAGUGGAGGGGAGGACAGCUCAUAAUAAUGGCUAGAACCAUGGAAACCAUGUGUUUGAUGUUGAUAGCUAUUCCACCUAUUCUGCUCCAGCCAUUAACACGUGCCCAUCCUCCCCAAGUAUGGUACCACCCAACCUCCUGUAUGUUUAUUUAUACAGUCAUUAUUAUUCAACAUGUCCUCACCUUCCUGCCAUGCCACCAUGUCUGUGUCAAUGACUGAUUUCACCUGUAUUCCUACACUUAGG